ACCAUAUGGAACUGUUUUUCCAAGUAGGAGUUAGGUUGAUACCAAGUUUAUCAGCAAGUGUUGGAUUACAAACCUACAAGGUAAAGAACGAAGGAGAAUUGUUGAACUGGAAAGAGAUCCUACAAUGAGAGUUCCGAGCCCAGGUAUCUGUCCAGUCCUAGUGUGCCUCUGUUUUGUGCAGAGGGGUUAUGCAGCCACUCAUCACACCUCCAUUAAGGUGACCAGAAACCAAACAAAACACUUAGAAGGGGAAACAGAAGUUCAUCACCGUCCAAAACGAGGAUGGGUUUGGAAUCAGUUCUUUGUUUUAGAAGAACACAUAGGACCAGAGCCUCAAUAUGUGGGAAAGUUGCACUCAAAUUCGGACAAAGGUGAUGGAUCUGUGAAAUACAUUCUUACGGGUGAAGGUGCUGGGACUAUAUUUCUUAUUGAUGACACAACGGGAGAUAUUCAUGCAACAAAAAGUCUUGACCGGGAACAAAAAAAUCAGUAUGUCCUCCAUGCACAGGCAAUCGACAGAAGAACUAACAAACCACUUGAACCUGAGUCUGAGUUUAUUAUUAAAGUACAAGAUAUCAAUGACAAUGCACCUGAAUUUCCAGAUGGACCUUAUAUUGUGACAGUUCCAGAAAUGUCUGAUAUUGGUACUUCUGUUAUUCAGGUGACAGCUACUGAUGGAGAUGAUCCAACAUAUGGAAACAGUGCAAGAGUAGUUUACAGCAUCCUUCAAGGACAACCUUAUUUUUCUGUUGAUCCUAAAACAGGGGUUAUCCGGACUGCAUUACCCAACAUGGACAGAGAAGCAAGAGAACACUAUUCUGUGGUUAUUCAAGCCAAAGACAUGGCGGGUCAAGUUGGAGGACUUUCUGGAUCAACAAUAAUCAAUGUUACUCUUAGUGAUGUCAAUGACAACCCACCAAGAUUUCCUCAAAAACACUACCAACUGUACGUUCCUGAAUCCGCUCAAGUUGGCUCAGCAGUUGGAAAAAUCAAGGCAAAUGAUGCAGAUACUGGAUUAAAUGCUGACAUCAGGUACUCUAUCAUCAACGGUGAUGGCGUUUUCUCUAUAGCCACUGACAAAGAAACACGAGAAGGAAUCCUUUUACUGAGAAAGGCAUUGAAUUAUGAAAAAAAGAAACUAUAUACUCUUAACAUUGAAGGAGUGAAUACUCACUUGGAUUUCCGCUUUUCUGAGUUUGGACCAUUUAAAGAUACAACAAUGCUGAAGGUUAUUGUUGGUGAUGUAGAUGAAGCUCCUGUAUUUUCUAUGCCAUUUUAUGAUAUGGAUGUUUAUGAAAAUGCAAAGAUUGGAACAGUAGUUGGAAUGGUAACAGCGCAAGAUCCUGAUAGUACCAACAGCUUAGUAAGAAAUACAUAUGCCAUUGAUCGCCAUAUGGAGCUUGAUAAAUAUUUUAAUAUGCAAGAUACUGGAGUUAUUAAAACAGCAAAAGUUCUGGACCGGGAAGAGAUUCCUUGGUACAAUAUUACUGUUGCUGCUUCUGAGACAGACAACCCUACCCUUGUGAGCUAUGUUUCCAUUGGGAUCAAAGUUUUAGAUGUGAAUGACAAUCCACCACAUAUUGCAGAUGAAGACAUUGUUGUUUGUGAGAAUAGCAGAGCUGGCCAGGUUAUUCACACCCUUACUGCAAUAGAUAAAGACAAUUCAUCAAAUGGACCAAGAUUCUAUUUUUCUCUUCAAGAUAGUCAGUCUGUGAAUCCAAACUUUACCAUAAGAAACAAUGAAGACAACACAGCGAGCAUUUUAACACGACGUAGGCGAUUUAACAGAGUUGCCCAGGAUCUCUAUUACGUUCCUGUUGUCGUGGCUGAUAGCGGCAUCCCACCAUUAAGCAGUACCAGCACCCUUACAAUCCGAGUCUGUUCGUGUGAGAGAGAUGGGCGUGUAAGGACGUGCCAUGCUGAAGCAUUUCUGUCAUCUGCUGGAUUAAGUACUGGAGCCCUAAUUGCAAUUCUCCUUUGUGUUAUCAUUUUGCUAGCAAUUGUGGUUCUUUUCAUUACCCUGAGGAGAGGAAAAAAAGAGCCUCUUAUAAUAGCUGAAGAAGAUGUCCGGGAAAAUGUAGUAACAUAUGAUGAUGAAGGUGGAGGAGAAGAAGACACAGAGGCUUUUGACAUCUCAGCACUUCGGAAUCCAUCAGCUGCUGAAGAACUUAAGUAUAGAAGAGAUGUGAGACCUGAUGUUAUGGGUUCACCUAGGCACCAAGAUCUUUCAAGUAUUGAUACCAUUGAUGUUCAGGAAUUUCUGAAACAAAAACUGGCUGAGGCAGACCGUGACCCGAGUGUGCCCCCUUAUGAUUCUUUACAAACAUAUGCAUAUGAGGGUCAAAGAUCAGAAGCAGGAUCAAUAAGCUCUUUAGAUUCAUUAGGAACUCAAUCUGAUCAGGAUUACACUUACCUUGAUGACUGGGGACCAGAGUUUAAAAAACUAGCAGAACUCUAUGGAGAAAAGGAUCCUGAAAGAACAACAUAGUUUCCUAUUUCAAAAACUGUGAUUUAUUUACAAAACAACUGGAAGCAUAACCACACGAUUAACAAUAAAUUCAUACUUGGAACUGAGCAAGUUGUUCACUUUUACUGUAGAAACAAGUGCCAUUUUCAUAAUAAAAACUGGGUUUAAGAUUUUGAAAAAUACAGA